AGUCGUGCAGGUCGACAUUGGCUCAAACGACUUUCAAGUUCAAUGGACUGAAAUGUUAGCGUUCUGAUAUCGAUAGCCGGUGUCAGUAUUAGUUGAUCAUUAUAACAAUUUGUAUUCUGGCACGAUAUCGUUGGUUCAUUUAAGUGCAUGUAUGCCUGUAGGUAGUUAGCUGGUAGCGGUAGAGUUCAACCCGUCCCUCUUUGACCUAGAUUGGAAGAUGGAAAUCUGUUAGCAGUUUGUGGACAGUUCCUUGGAAUAUCUGAUAUCUCUGAGGCACUACAGCUACGACCUGAGCAGGGAGAAGACAUGGCGCGUCUUGUUGCAGUUUGCAGGGAAGGAGAGGAGGACUAUCAGUUCCUUGCACGCCAGAUUCCACUCUUCAUUAACGACACUCUAACGAUGGUCAUGGAAUUUUCAGACAGUGUCAUGGACCUUGACAGUCAUCAGAUUAACUCCUCACAGUUGAAACAGUUUGUUCAGUAUCACGCCAUGCUAAAGCAGCAAGACCUGAGUAUUUCCAUGAUGGUGACCUCACGGGAGGUGUUCAGUGCCCUGUCACAGCUGGUCCCAUGUGUGGGGUGUCGGCGCAGCGUGGAACGUCUCUUCUCUCAAUUAGUGGAGUCAGGGAAUCCAGCCCUUGAGCCACUGACCGUGAGGUCCACAGGCAUAUUAUCAGUCACUAAGGCCUGCAUGGCGGAUGCCAAGAAGCUUUACACACUCUUCUAUGUCCAUGGGUCAAAAUUGAAUGAUAUGAUUGAUGCCAUCCCCAAAAGCAAGAAGAACAAACGCUGCCAGUUGCACUCCUUAGAUACACACAAGCCUAAACCUUUAGGAGAAGGGAAUGCAGAGAGAGGUGUAGUUUUAGCUAAAGACAGUGGAGAUUCAUCCAAGAAGGUCAGAUGUAGCAUCCAGUUUCACUUUGGACCAUUUCAGUCUCCAAGCAGCGGUAGCUGGAUGGACGUAUGGGAGCUCAUGUCUCAGGAGUGCCGAGAUGAGGUGGUUCUUAUCGACAGUGCUUGUCUCCUAGAGACCCUAGAGACAUAUUUACGCAAACACAGGUUUUGCACUGACUGCAAAAACAAGGUGCUGAGAGCCUACAACAUCCUGGUCGGCGAGCUGGACUGCAGCAAAGAGAAGGGCUACUGCGCUGCUCUAUACGAGGGCCUACGCUGUUGCCCCCAUGAACACCACAUUCAUGUGUGCUGCGAAACAGACUUCAUAGCACACCUCCUGGGUCGAGCUGAGCCAGAGUUCGCUGGGGGAUAUGAACGCAGAGAAAGACACGCCAAAACCAUAGACAUUGCACAAGAGGAGGUCCUGACCUGUCUGGGCAUACAUCUCUAUGAGCGACUGCAUCGGAUCUGGCAGAAGCUGCGAGCGGAGGAGCAGACUUGGCAACUGUUAUUCUAUCUGGGCAUUGAUGCACUACGCAAAAGCUUUGAGAUGGCGGUGGAGAAGGUGCAGGGCAUCAGCCGCCUGGAGCAGCUGUGUGAGGAGCUGUCAGAAGAGGAGCGAGCGCGCGAGCUGAAGCAAGAGAAGAAACGACAGAAACGCAAAAACCGCCGCAAAAACAAGUGUGGCUUCGACAUUGUUGAGCCGGACACUGACUGCAAAGACAAGAGUCUUGAUAAGGGCUCCACGGAGUCGGUGGACGGCGUCUGUAAGGACUGCAGGAGUGGAGAGGAGUCUGGGAGCUGUGGAGAGGUCCUGGUCACCACCGAGGACGCCCCCUGCAGCUGCCCUGCGGCGUCCAUACUCUGUUCUCCCCAAGUCAAGAAAGGUCUGUCACCCCGCAGUGCCGGCAGCGACUGUGGCUACUCAUCCAGUAUGGAGGGCAGCGAGAUGAGCUCCAGGGAAGGCUCCGAGGUAGCCUGCACCGAAGGCAUCUGCAACCAUGACGAUACGGGUGAUUACUCGUGUAGCCCCCAGUGCUCCGAGGACAAGGAAGAGGACUGUGUGGACAGCUGUGUGGAAUGCUGGGCCAACUCCGAAGAGAACCUCAAGGGCAAGAAUAAAAAGAAGAAACGCAAGAAUAAGGUUGGAACGUUUGGAAGCGAACAGGGGUCCAAUCCAGAGGGGUGCAUGCCACACCUCAGCAGGAGAGUGACCCCAGGAGCUGCCCACAGCGUAGCAUCCUCAAACUCGUGCAGAGGAAAGGAGACCUGCGCACAGCUGUGCUGUGACUCGUUUGCGAGCAUCGCACUUCAACUGCCAUGGGCGAGGCACCGGAAGAACGCAGCCCUCUUCGCCGGCCUUCCACUGGAGUGCACACCGGGGAAGUGCCGCACCAAGAGCCUCAUGGAACUUCUGGAUGAAUCCGAAGUCACCUCAGAUGAAGAGAACUGUCUCACGCAAGACGAAAUCCAGUCGUUUGUGGAAAACAACAAGUCUUUCAUUAGCAACAGGAAUCGAUACAGACAGCACUUGAAAGAUCGAUUCACGAAAUACUGCCGCUCAAAUGAGCAGAGUGAGUCUGUAUGCAGUGCAGAAUGGUUUCCUACCACCAGCGUGAACUAGAUACGCACCUAGAGAAUUUAUCUUUUUAUGAAUUGAAAACUCACUAUUACUACUGCUGCAAUGCCUUUAAACAAAAGAGAAAAAAUAUAUAUGAAUUGAAAUUAAAGAAAAAGACUGAAGUUUUAGACACUCAUUUGUUCAGUCAGGGAUUUUUCCUCCACGAAAGUGAAUGUUAACCUUGUCGUACAGAAUUCCUUUUUCCAUGUCACUUUUUUUUUUUUUUUUUUAAAUCCCUGUUUUCAUCGACCUUUCACCACGUCGUUUCAUCUUGUUUGCACCUGACCAAACCCAUUCUCCUCAAGUUCAGUGGAGCUGCUGGCUGAGAGUGAAUUCAUGCUUGUAAAGCAGUAACUGUAAGUUUUAGAUCCAGAUAGACUUGUUGGUUUUUUUUUUGUUUUUUUGUUUUAUUUUUUCAUUCGUUUCUUUAUUUUGUCUCACUGCCUGUGACAUUUUGGUGGCAAAAGGAUUUACCAAUAAAUGUGUACAGAAAUUAUCUGAAUAUAAAGACUUUACAGAGAAAAAAAACAUCCAUUUGUACCACUUGGGUGUAAUGCUGUACAUUUGGAUGUAAUGAUGAGCGCAAUGUGCAAAAUUUACAUAAUAAAGAUAUUUAUUAAUAUGCA